AGUCGUCCGCGCGGCUGUAGGAAGGAAAGCUGAGUGGAACCAGGUCUGCCCAGGUGGAGCAGAUGCCCAAGCCAGCAUAGACACCGGCGCACCGGCACCGCACCGCUGGCCUCCGGGUAGAUCCGAACCGCAGUCCCACUCGCCACGCAGGAGCCGCUUGCUACCGCCGCCUCCGCAGCACCCAUGGGGACCUGGAGACUUUAAAGGAGUUUGGGGUUUCGGGAGCAGGGAAAUCGCCGGUAUGGAGAAGCAGCUUUCUUUUCCUUGGAAAUGAUUUUUCUUCGUUCGACUGUGUGGAUCGUGUACUGGAUCCCAGUUCCUGGCCCUCGCCUCGCCGCGUCAUUGAUGGGCAACCAACUGGACCGCAUCACCCACCUCAACUACAGCGAGCUGCCCACCGGGGACCCAUCGGGGAUCGAGAAGGACGAGCUGCGGGUCGGGGUCGCCUAUUUCUUCUCUGAUGAAGAGGAGGACCUGGACGAACGCGGGCAGCCGGACAAGUUUGGCGUAAAGGGCCCCCCAGAUUGCAGCCCCUGUCCUGAGAGUCCUAGCCGUCACCACCACCACCUGCUGCAUCAGCUCGUCCUCAACGAGACUCAGUUCUCCGCCUUUCGGGGCCAGGAAUGCAUCUUUUCCAAAGUGACCGGCGGCCCUCAGGGCGCCGACCUAAGCGUCUACGCGGUCACCGCGCUACCCGCCCUCUGCGAGCCCGGCGACCUGCUGGAGCUGCUGUGGCUACAGCCGGCGCCAGAGUCGCCAGCGCCAGCCCCACACUGGGCUGUCUACGUGGGCGGCGGGCAGAUCAUUCACCUGCACCAAGGAGAGAUCCGCCAGGACAGCCUGUACGAGGCGGGCGCGGCCAACGUGGGCCGGGUGGUGAAUAGCUGGUAUCGCUACCGCCCACUGGUGGCCGAGCUGGUGGUGCAGAACGCCUGCGGCCACCUGGGCCUCAAGAGCGAGGAGAUCUGCUGGACCAACUCCGAGAGCUUCGCCGCCUGGUGCCGCUUUGGCAAGCGCGAGUUCAAGGCGGGAGGGGAGGUGCCGGCCGGCACACCGCCCCCACAGCAUCAGUACUAUCUCAAGGUGCAUCUGGGGGAGAACAAAGUCCACACCGCCAGGUUCCACAGCCUGGAAGACCUUAUCCGAGAGAAGCGCCGCAUCGACGCCAGUGGCCGCCUGCGAGUGCUCCAGGAGCUCUCGGACUUCGUGGACGACAAGGAGUAGUGGCGGAGGGGCUGCCUGCCCCGCCGGUCCCCUGGCGUCCCGCUCCCUCCCUGCCCCCGCAGCUGGGCUUAGGCCCUCAGUUCUCCACCCCACGCCCCCCAGCGCGUCCGCGGCGGGUGGUCGGUGCCCGGUGCAACCCUGGAACCUCUCAGCAAGUGGCUGCAAGUCUCAGGAACUGACCCAAGGACUGAGCGGGCGCAGCUGCGCGCCUGGCCGAGAGCCCCAGUGUUGGUGACCUCGUUGGGGUGACCCAGCGAGUGCUUUCUCCCUGGGCAGUGAAGGGGAAACGGAAUGGGCCAAGGAGCGCAGGGACAUGACCUUUCCCGCCAGUCGGUGGAUGCUCAAUGACUUUUCAUCUGAUAGGGUAAUUACCCUUUACUCAAAGGGGACCAUCAUCGCCCCAGACUUGCACACACUGACUUGUCGGAGGCGAGAAUUGGUCUUUUUAGGGCACAGUUCAGCUCCUGUGUGGAUGUGUCCCCAGAUCUCAGAAUUCCCAAGAAACCGAGCCUGUCCGUUGUGCACUUGUGAAUAGUUCCACGAGAGAGCACUUUGGGACUCUGGGUUUCCCUGAGAAUGUCUGGGUCUCUCACAGGUCUUUAGCCCCAGGUCUCCUGACUGCAUUCCAGGCUCCGGGCUAAGCUAGAUAGGUUUUGCUUCCUGUUUGCACCGAAGGAAGCAGAUGCCACCCCCUACCCGCGUUUGCCUAUUAGUCUCCUUGAUUGUAGAAGGGAAGUCUUCCUGGUCCCGGGAGGAAAAUGGCGCAGCAGUUCUAUGGGUGAGGAGGGCCUGCCCCGCUCCGGAAAAGAGCUAGCUCACCUGGUGUGUGGGCACUUGAAUGUGGGAGGCUUUUUGCGCUGAACCCUUGAUUGCUUCCCUUCUCAGUCAGAGUUUCAAAAAUAGUCCUAUUUUCAAAAGGAUUGGAGGAGAGGGAGGCGGGGAGGACCGGCAACAUUCCAGAAACCAGCAUUGUGACAACAUAGCCAAUGUCUUUAGUUUGGCUUUCCUAGCAUAGAAGAUCUUAGAAGGUGGGGAGGUGGAGAUUAGGUUUUAAAAAAUGAGACAGCAUUUUUCCAACUAUGUCAACAAAGCCUAUCGUGUUGAUGCUUCUAUUGAUCAUUUUAGCAACAUGCUAAUGAAAUUUCAAAUUGAAAUUUUUAUUUUCAUGGCUUUAAUCCAUGAUAGUUUAAAUACUGGGGGCCAUUAAGAGUGGAUUUAGCUAAGAGCUUAGCUAACAUUGCCUUUUACUCUGUUUCUCAAGUCUUAUGAGAAUUCUGUUUUUGGAUAUUGUAAUUAAUUUCAUUUCAUUUUAUUUUAUUCUUCUUAUUAUAUUUUUUUUGCCUUUACAAAGCAACCCUGUGAUGGUGGAGUUGUUCAUUAAUGUGUGUAUUGUACUGAAUUUUUGUCAGUUAAAGGGUCUGCUGCUUUGGUGGAAAUUGCUAGCAGGUUUCAUGAGAAUGAGGGUUCCUUUCAUUACCAUUUCAUCUUUGCAUUUUCCCCUCUUGAUCUCCUUAAAAAGGAAUCUAGAGCUCUUGGGCUUUUUGCCCUUCUUGAUUUAGGCAGUCCUACAAUUCAUUUCUGAAAACAGGGAACACUCCCAGGAUCAGGACAGAACAUGUAUCUUUCAAAACAUGAACAGUGUAUGAGGUUCCGCCCUUUGGGCAAGGAUUUACAGACUUCUCUCCAAGGGGUGCAGCCCCAGCCUAACUGAUUGUUACUUGAUUCUAUGUGCUAGACACACUUAACAGCAAGUAAGCCUCUCUCUUGAGGGAAUUAAUCAAAUAAUGGUGUUUAGCUAAUUCUUUCGAACAGUUGCAUACAGACAGCUAUGAUGUAGUUGGACAGCAAAACUAUGGCCAAAGCCAGUUCUUGGCUUUUCAAAAAUAAUGCAAUAAAAACUAGUGGAAGUUAGCUGACAGGGAAAUGCCUUUUCCAUGGUAAGUGAUUCGUUUCUGUUUUGUGGAGAUUUUUGUUGUCAUUUUCUUUGUUUUAUUUGUUUUGUUUUCACAUUGGAGUCAUUCCCUGAUCUUGAAUCAAAAGGUCAAAUCAAUGAAAUACGAACUAAAGUAUUUUUCUGAAGCCUAUCGAGUGAUUUAUUUUUUAAAAAUGUUUAUGCUUUUCUUUUAGCACAUACAACAGCAGAACUUUGGUAGCAACUAACUUACCUUUGCAUGUAUGGAGAAGUGAAAGUCAUUUAUUUCUCUAACUUAGUCCUCUGGCAAAUGACAGAUCACAGAUCAUAAACCAAGAUUCUUUAUUGCGUCUACACACCCCCAUAUUUUUUCCUGUGUCCUGCUACUGUACUUGGCUCCCUGCUGUAUUAAACACCAUCCUGAGCACUUGUUCCAAUGAGACUCCUUCUUGGCAUUCUGUCUGACACCUGUGAAUGGGAGGUCAGCAAAAGAAACGCAUCAGUCUCUGUCAUACCGAAAAGGAAGAGUCAUUUCAUCUGAUAGUACUUACCUGCUCUCUAAGAGGAUCCUCUAACAAAGGAAUAGCUAGUCAGCUUUACACUUGCUGAAACUUGAUGGCAAUGGAAACAAGAGCUGGGCAGAUAAAUAGCAUUCACUAGCUUAUUGGUCUAUUAAGAAUGAUAAUACAACAAAUUCACAACAAUGAAACAGGAAACAUAGAAGGGAUUUGUAGUGCUCCUAUGAAAUAAUUGCUAUCUCUUGGUACUUGUUAAUGCAAACCAAUCUGGGAUUGUUCUAAUAAGAGCACAUCAUGGGGACUGGAGAGGUAGCACAGCUGUCAAAGGCUCAAGCUUACAAGCAAAAAGACAAAAAGAAUAUGUCAUGGAGAAGAUAUUGAGAAAAUAUGGCCUAAUUGCUUUAUUCUCAAGAAAAAUUUCCAUUUUUAGGAUAUCCUAAGGAUAUCACUAAAUUCACAACGGUUGAUGUUCCUUUGGUAGAUGGCACUUGACUUUUAUUAUAGAUGAAUGUCAUUUUUCUACAUUGCAUCAGAGUUUCAGGAAUUAAGCCAUGAUCUCCUAGCAUUCGAAGGAACAAUAAAUAUGGCUUUAGUUUUGUUCUCCUCAAGAAAGCAGUACAGUGACUUCCAUGGUGUGGGGCGGGGGCAGGGAGGUAUUCCAGAACCAUAGUCCAUCCAACCUGCACCAGGGCACAGGAUGUUUCUCUAAUCUUUUUCCACUCUAAGGGGGCAAUUCUGUAAAGCAAACAUCUAACUGAAAAAUAAGAUAGAUUUAAAAAGCAAACGUGUCUAAGAAUACUCUUGUUUACAAAAAAGGUAGGCUGGCCAUACUUUAAAUAAAAAGCCCACAAAUGCCA